AUGUCUAUGACACAAACUGACAUUAGCGACGUCGAGGAUAUACGCAGCCGUAAAGUUGUAACGAUCGAGCCAGACAACGGUGCAAGAGUAGGCUCGCUAGCUAAUGACUGGAACCGGGAUCCGUCGUGGUUUUGGCCUCCGCCUCUGUAUCAAGCAUAUUGCAAACUCCAUUUCUUAAAAGAGUGUUCUUUAUAUCACUUAUGGGAAAAUGAAUACUUCAAGCUCAAAGCUGAAACGCACACACUGAAAACUAAGAAGGCCAGCAAGUGGCCCACAGCGCCAACACGAGUACAGCCUUCAAGACGAGCUCGAGAGAAGAAUUUAAAAGAUCAGCCGGGGAUAUCUAUAAGCAGACAGAGCAGUCCAUCACGCAACAAUAAGGCCGACGGGACAUCUAAUACACUCGAUACUCGUCGCGAGCAACUCCGACUUCAUCUUCCCUGGCCGGUUUACAAGACACAACUAGAAGGUCGGAUCAACCAGGCAUUCGACGCGCUUUCGGGAAAGAAGCAGGAGAACAUCGAUAUAUCUGAGCCCGAUCGUGCCUCUGACAUCCAGCCGCGUUUAGAAUGUCGAUACUGUAGAUUCGAUCCCGUAGUUGUAGACUGCGAAGGUUCCGUACCUAGAAGAUUAGCACCGCCGGCACCGAUGUAUUCUAUCCUUCCAGAUGAUAUAAGCGAAGAGCAGAUGGGCGAGUUUGGUGGUAUAAAGUUCGCAGUCGAUCUACCCGGUAAUCACGAGGCGAUUGUUUUGUUAGGGAUAGAGAAACUUGACGAUCUGGUUGGAUGAAGGUGUAGCCAACGACGAUAGGAUAACGAGCUCAA